GCGGAUUACGUCACGAGGAGUCAGCUGCAGCUAGUCGGACAUCAUGAAUGAAGAUGAAGCUCUCCGUACUAAUUCCACUCCUGGUCCUGCUGGCUAUUAUAGACCUGAGCCAAGCCCAGGUCAAGACCUCUCUCCUGGAUUUGACAAACAGCAUCGGGAGCAUCCUUCCCAGCCUCAGCCGACCUGCAAACCAUAGCAGGAUCUUCUAUGCAGUGAUGUUUGAUGCAGGAAGCACAGGGACACGCAUUCAUGUGUACACAUUCAUCCAGGGUGACUCAGCGGAGCUGCCACUUUUGGACAAUGAGAUGUUCCAUUCUAUAAAGCCGGGGUUGUCUGGGUAUGCUGACUCCCCUGAAAUGGCCGCACACACGGUGAGGAUGCUGCUGAAGGUGGCCAAGAAGACUGUGCCUCGUCUGGAAUGGAAGAGGACUCCAGUGGUGCUCAGAGCCACAGCUGGACUCAGGCUGCUGGCCGCAGAGAAGGCCCAGGCUCUGCUGGAGCAGGUUCAACAUGUGUUUGAUGAAUCUCCUUUUUUGGUCCCAGACAACAGCGUCAGCAUAAUGAACGGCACCAAUGAAGGAGUCCUGGCUUGGAUAUCUGUCAACUUUCUGACAGGUCACCUGAAAGCACAAACGAAGAAGACAGUGGGGAUCUUGGAUCUGGGAGGAGGAUCCACUCAAAUCACUUUCCUGCCAAAUCUCAGGAAAACCAUCGGAAGUGUUCCUGUUGAUGAUUACAUUGGCAGAUUGGACAUCUUCAACUCAACAUUUGAACUGUACACCCACAGUUACCUUGGAAAUGGUCUGAUGGCAGCGCGACUGGCCACACUAGGCGCUCUGGGUGCAGAAGGGUUGGAGUGGCGGGUUUUCAAAAGUUCCUGCCUGCCAAAGAAGUUCAGGGACAAAUGGACUUUUGGAGGGCUGACCUAUCAAGUCAGCGGGCACCCAGAUGGUUAUUCAGGAUACAAGCUCUGUUAUCAGGAGGUACUCAAGGUGGUGAAGGGGAUUAUUCAUCAGCCCUACGAGCUGGAAGACAGCAGCGUCUUCUACGCGUUCUCCUAUUACUUUGACAGAGCGGUGGAUGCAGGCCUUAUCGAUGGGGUCCAAGGAGGGUUGCUGGAGGUCAGACACUUCAAGAAGAGAGCUAAAGAGGUGUGCAAUAAGAUGACCAAGAACCCUCCCAUCAGUUCUUUCCUCUGCAUGGACAUGACCUACAUCACUUGUCUGCUCAAGGACGGGUUUGGUUUCAAGGAGAGCACCGUGCUGCAGUUGACCAAGAAAGUGAACAACGUGGAGGCAAGCUGGGCUUUAGGCGCCACAUUGGAUCACUUCCACAACCUGAAGAUCCACUGAGGAGGAGGAGGAGGAGGAGGAGGAGGAGGAGAUGGAGGAGGAGGAGGAGGAACAAACACUGCUCAUAGUGGGCACUGCCUUAUCUACCAGCCCCAGACAUCUGCUGUUUAUUUUUGUCUAACCUCAUGUGUAAUUUAUCAUUUCAUUUAAAAAGCAAUUAUUCUCAAGUGUUAAUACAUUGAGCUGUAAAUGAGCAAUGUGUGCCUUACUCAGAGAACAAGUGGAGCGCUGGAGGUCCACACUUGAGAGUGGAAGAAGUUAACCAAUACCACGCUCACGCUGAGUCAAGCAGCUUUGGGCAUUUUGUUUCAGAUGGAAGUUUCUGUGUGUGGUUGUGACCAGUGUUUACAUGCAGCAGUGUGAUAUACUGAGCUGUAACAGGUUUUCUUAUCAGUGAUACAGAUAAUAAAGUAUUCUCUUUCCUGGUGCAUUUCAAUUUGACCGUCAACUUAAUCAGCUCUGGCAGGACUCAGUUUCUAUCAGAGAAUAUCAUCACUACGUUUCAACUUCAGACUUGUUUACAAUGAUGUUUCUUGGAACAAUGCGUGGUCAUAAUAUAUUUUCAUAAACUUUUAAA